UCUUUAUCUGUCAUGGUGCUUGUUGUUGAAUGUCUGAAAACUAGCUUAUUUUAGGCAUGUCAUAGGUGUUGUUGAGUUUGAAACCUGUCGUUACAUUAACACAAUGACUGAAUUGAUGCAAGGACUACUGGCCGAGGCCAAAAAUGGUAGAUUUUCUUCUAUUCGAGAUACAAUUUCUGAAGAUGAUAUCUCAAGUGUAUGGGAAAAUGCAGCUGCCUUUAUCGACAAACAAAUGUCUCAACAAAAGGGUGUGAAUAUACCUAAUCUUGGAGUGUUCACAUUUUCUCAGAAGAAAUUGGACAUAGGAAAUAAUAAGUUUGUGUUGAUACAGAGACCAGUUUUUAACAUUUCUGAAAAAUUUGCACAAACACAUGGUCUACAUUUCACCAAAUAUUAUGUUCCAGGUCAAAUUCCAGUUGUUCCAUUGAAUUAUUCCUCUUUAUCUUAUGAGUCACCUUUUGAUAGAGAUACAGUAGAAUCUUGUAUCAGAGAGACAUUAAAUGCCGUCAAUAGAGCCUUGUCAAAUAAGAAGAAUGUAGAAAUAUUAUUUAAUGGUAUAGGAAGACUUUCUAUAAGAGAGUCCAGAGUAAAAAUGAAAUUCUUUAAAGAGUUCAUUAAUCAUUGUGAUGGUUCUGGGAAGUUGAUUGAUUCUUUACAAAAUCGUCCAGGAACACUAGAUUCUGUAAUGUCUGAUAGAUCCUUACAGUCCAGAGCUACUACUAGUAAUACACUUGUCUUACCAAAAAUAACAUCUUCCCAGCAAAUAAACAAUCUUGCACCUUUACCUGAACAAGUAGAAGAGUUCAAUGAUCCGGCAUUAGAAUACAAUCCAUUAUCAUCUGAUAUACCAGUAAGAGAUGAAGAUGAUAUGGCUAUAACUCCCACUGAUGAUCCAAUACCAGACCCUGUCACUGAUACUGAUGUCAUACUAGGCAUGCCAGAUCCAGUCCAGGGUGAUUUUAAUACUGAUCAUGCUAUAACUAAUAUACUGAACACUGGAGAAAUAGAACCAACUAAUGAUACCUAUACUGGUGAAGAUGUUCAACCUCUUCCUAAUGUUUUAGAAGAAGAAAACAGAUUAUUAGGACCAAUGUCAGUUAGAUCAGGAUCGAGACAAACCAUGGCGUUACCUAAAGCUACUGGUGUUAGUUCAUUUGAAGAUUUACUACCAUCAACAUUAUCACCAACCUAUAAUCAAAUACCACCAACACCAUUAGUUGCUAAAUCAUGUCCUGGGCCAGCUUUUCUUGGUGAAACAGACGGGUUUUUCCCACCAAGAACUCCACUCAACAAAAUUCUAUCACCACCUCAUUUGGAACCAUUACAUAGAGUGAGGAGUGCUGAACUAGUGGGUGAAAUGAGAGAAGUAGCCUUUGCUGAAAACACAAAACCUAUGUCAGCUUGUGGUCAUUCUAAUGCUGGACAAGAGAUAUGUUAUUUAUGUCAUCAGAGGUCUAGCAGGAAUAUUCCAGUGUCAUUUGAUACUGAGAGAAAGCGCCGAGAAGAAGAAGAAAAUAGUUUAUUAAGAGAAUAUCAGGCAUUAAAAGAUGGUGAAGAUAUGUUGAGGGAACAGGAAAAAUUAAUGUCUAAAAGAAACGAUCUACAAAAAAUUGCUGCAUUUAACUUAGGCGUUGCUGAUGCUGUGAUCACAGCUAAAAAACAUCGAGAUACAGAUUUUCAUAGAUCAUAUGUUUUCCAGAAGAGACCCUUAACACCAUCACGUUUUCCAAAACAAGAUGCUUACAAUAGAGAAUUGCAAAAACAGGUUGAACUUAAAGAAAAAAACAGAUCAUCACAGAAAGCUGAUACAGAUUUCUUAGAAAGAUUAGAACAAGUGCAAUUAGCUGAAGAUCUAGCAGCUCAAAGAGAACAGUAUUUAAAGAAUAAAUAUCAACAGCAAGAUUCUUAUAAAAAAUCACUAGAAACACAGUUACAAUUCAAGCCUCAGCCGUUACAAGGUAGUCAUGAAGAUGGAGAAGUAUUCGGUUUAAAUGAUAUAAACAAUGAAAAGAUGGCAGAACGUAGGAGAAGAGCUUAUGAUUUAUUCCGUGAACAGCAAGAUCUGGUAGCUCAAAAGAAGCGCGAUGCUAUAUUGAGAAGAUUAGCUGAACAAGAGGAAGAGGAGGAAGUUUUAAAGAAAACUAAACAAGAGUUAACUGAAGAUCGUGGUCAUAGACACAGUAGAAGAUUUACUAUACGUAGAGAAUUAGAAGGAGAUUGGUUUAAAGCAGCUCAGUCAAAACGAGCCCAUGAAUUACAAGAUCGUCUGAGCAAUCUCAAUCCUGGAAUGUUGGUUCAUGAACAAUGUGAUAAAUAUAAGAGAUGCAAAAAAUGUCAGCGAAAAAUCACAAAUCAUGGUGAAUCAAACAUCUGGGGUGAAUCACGAUAUAUACCAGGAUCAAGAUUAAUGGUUUAGUCUGUUUUUGGUUUGCUUCUAGCUCUUGAUGUGAUAUUUGAGUUUAUUUUUAAAAGUUGCUUAGUUUAUGUGACAUACCUGUGACAUCCCUUCUGCUUUAAAUUUUUAAUCAAAGAUUACAAACUUUUGGAAAUUGUAAUUGCCAAUAUAGAAAUUUGUUUUCAGAUUUUCACAUGGAACAGUUUUUUUGUGUUUUUGAAGGGUUUUGCUAUCAUAGGUAUGAACAUUGAAUAGAUGGCACUACAAAAUGUUCAGUGAGACGAACUGGUAAAUAUUCAGUCACUGCUGUAUAUUUUAGUCUUAUUUCUUAUAUCAGUAUUUUAUGUGGUGAGUUUCACCAAGUUUGGAAUGUAACCAUCAAAGUUUCACCAAGUUUGGAAUGUAACCAUCAAUAUUUAUUAGGAAUGUAUUUUGCUACUACAGUAUUUUUCUACAGAUUUUAUACCAAAAAUAUUUAUGAUUGUUUGAAUUGUAUUCAUGCCAAGUAAUUGUUAUUGUCAAAAAUAGUUGUUUGUUAACUGGUAUUGUUUUUUUUUUUUAAUGUUUCUUAUUUGCAUUUCUAAUUUCUGUGAUAUAGCCUCUCUAAUAAGAGAGAUGGUUUUGUAAAAAAUUAUCAUAAAUUUUGUUUGUUAAUGUGUGAAUACAACUCUUAAUUUGAUGAGGUUAUAUAAAGGUGAUUGAUCUGAUAAGCUAGCUUGAUUAGAAAUAGGUUAGAUUCAGCUUUUACUGUUUAAUGUAGUAAAGUUCACCAUGGUUUUUAGCACGGAUGUAUUUGGAUUACUCUGGUUGUAUCCAGAAGGUUGUACUACAUGCUUGAAAACUUGUAAAGAGUUGAAGAAGGAUUUUUGAACGGCAAGAACAGAAAGGAGCAUUCUUAACACAAGAACCAUGUAAACAAAAUGGCUGCUAAUAUAAACAUACAAGAAAGCGAUGCACUAAGAGGAUUUUUGCUGUAGUGCAUUGAACUACCAUUUAACUUCUUUCAUCUAGUUGAAAUUAUAGUGAAUUUUUAUAUUUAUAAGUGUAUAUAUAAGUAGACCUACAUGGAUUCAGGUGGAAACUUGAUAUUGUAAUGUCUGGUAGAUUAUGUUAUAUCUUUUUAUUAUGAUUUAUCUUAUGGCAAUAUUUGUACAUGAACAUUAUGCAUUUCUCCCUAGUGAUUGGCUGUGAUAUUUAAUGUAAAUAAGCUGUUUUUUUUUCAUUUAACCAAAGAUUGUAGGUCCCAAAGUAUAUUUUGAGUGACAUUCUAUUGUUAGAACUUUGUGCCUAUCUGCUGUCAAAAUAAAUUAUUUCUAAGAGUA